CACCAAAUUUCAGAACGUUUCACUUAUCCACUGAUUUUUUGUGGAUUUUCAAAGUUUUAGGGAGGGACAGACUUCUCUCUCCACUAUCCUGAUUGGUGCUCUCUGAUGCUGAUGCAGUCUGGGAAAUGUAUUUUAGGGCAGGGCCUUUUGAAUUCUCUGGCAUAGGGCUCCUCCCUUCCCAAACUACAUUUCCCAGAGUUCUGUGCUGUUUCCAAAUUGCACUGCUCCUUCUUUUGCCCGCUGCUAAUGCCAAAACUGCUGUAAUUUCACAGAGGAAUGGCAAGACACUAAGGCAGCCUUUGGCUUUGCUUCCUUGCCUUGCAUUGAAUAUGAAACUGACUUUGGGAGCCUUCCGAGAUGUACAAAACUAAAAAACAAGAAAGUAUGGGAGGCCUCAGGGCACAGCUGCUGUUGCUACUGCUGUACAGUGAGAAGAGGCUCCAAGGCUGAUUCUGGGAACUUUGUCAGGACCUGCCUGACACAGAGGGAGAAUUGCAAAGCCUUUGGCUAACCAGGAUCUCAGAAUUUUUCUGCUCUCCCUACUCCAUUCCAUUACUCCCAGUAGCUUCACUAUUUGUGUUUUGGAUUGUCCAGCUGUUCUUAUCAGGUUGUCUUGUCUUUCGGGCUCGUUUGAUCUGUCAUCAAAACAAAUCCAUGAAUUCUGUUUCAUUGCAGGGACAAAGAUUAUGACUACAGCUGAGAAAAUAAGCAACUCACACAGACAGCACUGAAAUGGCAGUGGUUGAUCCUGGUGUCUGCAACUGAGUCUAAAUCAGGGAAUGACAUUUCUCAGGUAUUUUUUGGGCUAAAACUUUCCAGGAGACCCAUCAGCUUCACAAAUGGACAACUCAAUCACGGACGAGAUUUCAUCAGGAGAUGGGACUCUCCUCCUCCUAAGCAUCCUAGGAUUUAAAAAUAGCCCAGUCAAUGAAUCAGAAGAGCACUGCUUCAGCGCCCAUGGCCAUAGCACUGUCCUCCAAGGGCUGCCAUUUGGUGGCAUCCCCACUGUCCUUUCCCUCAACUUCAUUGUCUGGAUGAUCCUUCUCUUGAUAUUCUCCUGCCUUCGUAAAGCAGCUUGGGACUAUGGGCGCCUGGCCUUGCUGAUGGACAAUGACAGUCUGACAUCACUCUUCUAUGGAGAACAAAGUGAAAAGGAAAAAUCCCCAUCAGAGCACAGCCCGCAGGAUGCUGAAAACAAAGAUGUGGGUUUCUGCUCCUGGCUGGUUUCAAUCUACCAGAUGAAGGAUGAAGAAAUUCAAAGCAAGUGUGGAAUUGAUGCCACCACCUACCUCUCCUUCCAACGUCACGUCCUGGUGUUGCUCACGAUAAUCUGUGUGCUCUCUGUAGCAGUCAUCCUCCCAGUCAACUUCUCUGGUGACCUCCUGGGACAUGAGCCUUCUAAUUUUGGUCGAACCACAAUUGUAAAUGUACCCAAAGAGGAUCGUCUCCUGUGGCUGCACAGUAUCUUUGCUCUCCUGUAUUUCAUCAUCACUGUCCUCUGCAUGGCUCAUCACUCCAUCCAGCUUGAUUACAAAGAGCAUGAGAAGGUGGCCCGAACACUGAUGGUUACCAAGAUUCCCAAAGAAAUCACUGAUCCUUCCCUUGUCAUCAAACACUUCCAUGAGGCUUAUCCAAGUUGCACUGUAACUUCUGUCCAGUUUUGCUUCGAUGUUCACAAACUGAUGAAGCUGGAUUCAAAGAGGCGCAAAGCAAUGAAGGGAAGGCUUUACUUCACCACCAAGGCUCAAAAGGAGGGGAAAAUCAUGAUUAGGAUCCACCCCUGUUCCCGCGUCUUCUGUUGCCGUUUUUGUCGCUUUGAAGAGGUGGAUGCUGAACAAUAUUAUGGAGAGCUGGAAGAGAAACUGACAGAUGAGUUUAAUGCUGAACGUAGCCGGAUUGCGCUCAAGCGCCUUGAUAUGGCAUUUGUCACAUUCCAGGAUGAAAGGAUGACAGCCACGAUUUUGAAGGAUUACAACCAGCCCUACUGCUACAGAAAUCCACAGCAAUCAUCUGUUACCACUGUAGUGAAGUCCCACAGCUGGGGAGUUAGCUAUGCUCCAUCACCCAAUGACAUCAUCUGGGAGAAUUUAUCCGUCCAUGGUGCUUCGUGGUGGGUGCGGUUUAUCCUGCUCAACAUCUGCCUCUUCAUCCUCCUCUUCUUCCUCACCACACCUGCCAUCAUUGUCAACACCAUAGACCUGUUCAACGUUACACGGCCUGUGGAGAGCCUCCAGAACCCAGUUGUCACCCAGUUUCUCCCCACUCUACUGCUCUGGGGCUUUUCUGUGCUCCUUCCUUUCAUAGUGUACUAUUCAGCUUACCUUGAGUCACAUUGGACAAGGUCAAAUAAAAAUCAGAUCACAAUGCACAAGUGCUAUUUCUUCCUGGUAUUUAUGGUUAUCAUCUUGCCCUCGCUUGGACUGACAAGUUUGGAUCUUUUCUUUCGUUGGCUCUUUGACAAUAACUUUUUGGAUCAUGCAGACAUACGGUUUCAAUGUGUUUUCCUCCCUGAUAAUGGUGCUUUCUUUGUCAACUAUGUCAUCACCACCAGCCUGAUAGGGACAGCCAUGGCACUUAUGCGCAUCCCUGGACUCGUUGUCUAUGCUACACGGAUCUGUUUGGCUAAGUCUGAACCAGAAAGGCUCCAUAUCAAGCGGAACCAAGCUUAUGACUUCCAAUUUGGACUGGAGUAUGCCUGGAUUUGCUGUGUAUUUGCUGUUGUUAUGACUUAUAGCAUCACCUGCCCCAUUAUUGUUCCCUUUGGUUUGCUAUACAUGAUGCUCAAGCACAUGGUUGACCGUUACAACAUUUACUAUGUAUACCUGCCCACCAAGCUGAACCAGCACAUCCAUUUAGCAGCCGUGAGCCAGAUGGUGAUGGCUCCCAUGCUCUGUAUGUUCUCUCUGCUCUUCUUCUCCAUCCUCCGGUUAGGCUACAGCCACCCCAUCACCAUCUUCACCUGUGUGGUCCUUCUUUGCUGCAUCUUUUCUUCCAUCUUCGGCCUGUGUUUUCGGAAGCUACAUCCAAGGAAGCCUUCCAGUUACCAGGAAAUGUCUGAACAAUCUGAGGGAGCUUUCAUUGAUACUGAAAGGAGCAGCAUCUCUUCAACACCAAAUUCAAAUAUGUUUGUAGCUGCAGUGCUUCAAGAGCCCGAACUCAGCCUCACGCCAGCAGCCUCUCCGGCUCACCAGUCCUAUGGCACAAUGGGCGGCCGUCUGGAGCAAGCAGACAAUCCGGAGGGGGGUGGCCUGCAGAGUUUUGAAACAGAGCUGCAAAACACAGAGGAUAAAUACCAGACCAGGCCUGUGCUGGACAAUCAAAUGCACUACCAUUGACCCCACUUCCUGUCAGAGCCAUGACAGACAAAGAAGAAACAUUUGAGUGUUGAGUGCCAGGGGAAGCCUCAUGUCCCAAGGUCUGGAUAAUUCUGAGCUGUCAUAUCAGUCCUGAUGUCAGCUGGUCUUGAGCAAGGAUCUGGAACCAGGCAGGUGGAUGCACGAUGAACCUUUAGAUGCUGCACAUCUCUUAGCCACGCUGUUGGGCUAACAGAUCAACUCUUUGGCAGAGAGAAAGAAUGAUGGAAAAGUUCCUCGGAAGGCAGUGUUACUUCCAUCCUUUGCUCCAGCUCUUCCACAGUGUGUUCCACGUGUCACCUUGCAUCCUGUUCCAGGGCCACAAAGACUCUCCUUGCCUAGCUCUUCUUGCAUCUUCUGACAAACUCUCUCAAAUCUCAUGUGUCCCAUUUUCUCUCUUCCUCACUUUCUCCACCAUUUUUUCUGGCUUUUCCUUUUACAUUAUUUUUCAUAGCAGCAGCGUUCUGUAGUGUUAUGCCUUCUGCUCAUUGCAGCAAGAGGAAAAGAAAUGAAAUGUGAUGGCUAUGGUAGCUAUGAACUUUAUUACAAAUAUUUUGGAGGGUGGGUAGGAAACAGAGCUGGGAAAAGUACUUCUUUGGACUAGAAGUUUUGGAAUCCUUAUUAGUGGGUUCUGGGCACCGUAGCCAAAAAAUGUUUCUGAGCUCUGGCGGGAAGAGUGGAAUGGCAAGUGCCUAGUUAGGGUCAUUUAAGAUGACCGUGCAGCUUGUUGUAAUGCAUCAGUUGAAGAGCCUGUGUGUUUCCUGAAUAACACAAGGACCCUUGGAGACUCGUCUUGCAAGCCACAGAUCCUUAGCCUUUUUUAAAAAAUGUGCCCUUUAGCUACUGCUGCAAUUGUUGCUUUUACCCAAAUCCACUGUCUUUGAGAGAGACUCGCCUUGCCUCUUUGGCCCAAGUGAGACGAUUGAUUUGCCUGUUUUUCUAGAUCUGUGUUCUGUGCUUGACUUCCAGAAGAAUUUCUCAUGUUCACAUUUUGCUGCCUGUUGGCCCAAAUAAGAAAGUAGUUUCUGGUUUGGAGAGGGAAGCAAAUGAGAAGGGGGUUAUAUUGAAGCUGAAGACAAAACUAGAUGGGAGAUGUUAACUUUGUGUGUGUAAAUCCAGAUGUGCUGCAGUCCCAGAAAAACUGGGAAUAAAAGCAAACUUUUAGAAUAAAAGGGGCAUAUGAGUGGAAAGAACUACAUCCUCUCACAGUCUAUAACAGGGUGGGCACAGGACUGAUCAUCAUAUUGUGGGAGAGAAGGGUUUGACUCAUACCAGUUUUAUCUAAUGUUUGUGUACAUAUUUGAGAUCUUUCUACAUUAUGAGGGUGGAAUCUGUUUGAUUCCAGUGCAUAUCACCCUAGCAGGUAUGGCCAACAUUUGGGGAAGAUGGGACUGUUAUACAACCUCCAGAGAGCCUCAAGUGGCAGAGACAUGUUUGAACCUAUUGCUGGACUACAAUCCCAUCUUGCUUGACAUCUGAGACAGGCAGAAAUGAGGUCUCUGCCCUUAAGUGACCAUAAUCAGCAUGUUCAAAGUUGCCAGCAUCUAGCCUGCAUGAGACACCACACCUCAAUCAUCUACAGAAAGAUUGUUGCAAGGAUAGGUGUGGUUAUCAUAAUUACUUUGUGUUUGGAUUAAUGCAUGGGUAUUUGUUUUGUUUAGACCUGCUGAUGUAAAACAGAGCAUUUUCUAGUUAAAUUGCAUAAUAUCCUGGACCAUUCAUUAGUUAUCUUUCAUUCAUCUUGCUGAGCAUGUUCAACUAAUUUUCUAGGACCGAGGCAGUUGAGGUUAGUCUCUUGUGGUGAUAUUCUAACACCUGUUAUGUGAUGACUUAAAAACUACUUGUAAAUUAAGGCUUAAAAGACAAGAAAAGGUGCCAAUAGAGAUGUGCCAACUUUUUUCUAGAAUAGCCCUUCUGCCUUGAGUGGUGCCUCUCACUGAGCAAGCUGAACAUUCAGCUUGCAAACAUUGGCUGGUCUCCUGUUAGUCUUAGUUGGACUUAGAUCUUCAUCCAACAAGCAGAGGGAAAGCAAGAGAAAGUGGAGGGAACCAUUUUAUCCCAUUUCCUCCUAUCCUUCCCCGUCUUCUGGGAUGGCCAGCCAUCCCACGUCCUUUCUAUGUUGAUGUCCAUCUUUCCACCACUUUUCUCCGUUUGGAGUCAGAUGUUCCUCAACUCCUGAAGAUGUAUUUAGGGCUUUGUUUCUAUGUGCUGUGGAAACAGAGCUCCAGAGUCCCACCGGAAGUGCCCUUACAUCAUGUGAUGGCCUCAAUGGGACUUCCAUGGGACCCCGUUCCAAAGCACAUGGAAACAGAGCCCUAAAUCCAUGAGAUGAAGUCCUUAGAUCAUUGUAGCUACUUUGUAUUCUCAUUUGUAAUCAUGACUCUUAUCAUCAUGAUCACAAAUGGCCCUGAAGCCUAUUUUGAAAACCAUCAAUUCAGAGUAACAUGUCUAUUGCCAAGUGAGGCAUUGAAGGAUAAUGUGAUUAGCUUAGUCCCGCUGGCAAGUAAUACUCAAGGACAGAAGCAGGGACCCUUCUGGGGACCUCUUGCAACUCUUCACCUCAGCUUUACUCACUGGUGAGAGGGGGCUGGUCAUUCCAUACUUCAGCACCCCAUUGACAGCAACACAGACCUUCACCAGUUGGAGGACUUGCUUUCAAGGUGGGUUUCAAAGAUCAGAUGGGAAGUUAGAGAAUAAAUGCUCUACAUGUUUGAUGCUGGAUCUCUGUCAUUAUUCUUAAUGAUAUUAUAUCUUUCCAGAAUCCCACAGCCUGUAUGAACACUAGCCAUGCUGCUAGGAAAAGUAAAUUUCCCAGGCUUUAGCCAUUGAUGGUACAACUAGGAAGAGUUUUCCACAAACUAUUGUUAUCCUUUAAUAGAUUUUUGCCUGUCACACAACUAUUGAAAGCAUAAGAGGUUUUCGUUGUAAAGCAGAAACCUUCACAGCCUAUUUUGUGCAAGGCAUAUCUAAAGUCUAAAAAUGCAUAGGAAUUCAAUCUCUAUGCAAAGAAAAACAUACUUUUGUUUUUGAAUUCCACUUAACAUUCAGGAAGUAGAUUCCAUUAAAAGCUAUCAGAAUUGUUUUCAAGCCAACCUGGUUAUAAAUCUGAAUAUCUAAGUAUAAUCUUUUAAGAGGUUACUCUUUUGAGAACAACUUAGGAUAGGAGUCAGAAUGUGAAACAUCUUCGGAAUUGGGGAGAUUUAACAUGGAGUAAACAGGUAGUAUAUAUUAACAAGACCCAUAGCUAAACUGUGGAAUUUGCUACCAUGGGAUGUAGAGAUAACCAUCAGCUUGCACAUCUUUAAGAAGAGACAUGAUAAAAUCAUAGGGGAUAGUGCUAACUGUCGGUUGCUAGUGAAUGCAAGCAGGACAAUACUAUCCCAGGAUGGGCAAGAAUGUUCUAAAAUGUGUAUAUAGGCAAUGCCUGUAUGUAUAUGUAUACAUAUACAAUGUAUACAGGCACACACAGAACAAGAUAGGUUCUGUAGGCUCUUGUUGAGUUUGUAUGUAAAUCAGAGCAGGCACAUUUUAAGUGUAACUCCAGCCCAUUUUUAUUGAAUAAACACUCCUGUAAGAUUGGUUUUGCUAUCUCUGUUCCUGAUCAGAAGAUUUCACCUCACUUUCUCUCCCUGUGACAAUUGGACUUUGAAAAUUUGGGGUUGUUGUGGAAACAAGGAUUUGUGAUAAAGCUUCAGUGGAGACACCUUUUCCCCAUGAGAACUCUUCUGGGAGUGAAUUUCCCUUCUUACUUCCUGUUGUCUCACCCCUGUUUGUAACUAGGAGUCAUAUGUAACGCAGAUGCUUGUAACUCGGGGACUGCCUGUAUUUCUUUACAGAUUAGUUGGAAAGAGCAUUAAGGAGUUUUUUAAGUAUGCUGGAGAAAGUGAAACAGGCUGGCUUGUUGUUCAAAGCAAAAGACUUUGAAGUCUGGGACCGAAUUCCUGUGUGUGGUGAUAAAGUAGAUUUGCCAUCUUUUCUUUUAAUCAUGAUUUCUGACUUAUGGUGACCAUAAAGUGAGGCUGUCAGGAGUUUUCUUGGAUAGCUUUAUUCAAAUUUGUAUUUAUUUUCCUAUGAGCCUUUCCUGUGAGCCAUGUGGAUUUCUAUGACUGAUUGGGUAUUUGCAGAUUUUCAGUCCAAUGCUCAAACUACUACACUACCCUGGCCAGGACCUAAGUAUUUUGCAGACAGACACUGCGCUUUUGAGUGUGUUUGCACUAAAUAAUGUGUGUCCAUUAUGGAAUGUGUUCAGCAUCUUUGAAGUCCUUUGAACUGAAUCAUAUCUUGUCUAUGCAAUGUAGUUAUUCUUUUGUUUGUUUGAUCUACCCCCUCAUUUUAACUAUGGAAAAAUCGGCAUGUAAUAGUAUUGUUUGCCCUGCAUUGUGGAUACAGAAGGCACUCAUGAAAAGUGUCUCCUCAAUUAGGUGGCUCAAACUACAACAGAUCGCUUUUCAAAGAGAGCCUGCAGUUGUACCAUAUGGGAGAAAGCGAUGCAUAGGCCCUCUAAGAAAGCACUUUUUGGGGGGAGGGCACUUUUUCUGGCUCUGCUACAUAGGACCAUAACAGCAGCAGUCUACUGGAUAUGGAUGUUAGGCAACUGUGGAAUUCUAAAUCCACUUACAAAGGUGUGAACCCCAAACAGUAUUCCAGCCACAAUGCAUUUGAGAAAAGAGCAGGCUAAAUUACAGAGAGAAUGUGAAUACCACAGAUACUAGAAUACUAAUGCAGUUUUGUUUAAAAUACUUCAAUGCAUAAUUUGGGAACUCAAGGAAAAUUUGACUUGGUGAGAUAGAAUUGGGGUGGGGGGGUAGGCAAUGCCCUCGUUUGGCCCCCCGUAGCCAAAUCCCUGCUUAAUCUCAUACAUUUCAAUGAAUCUCAUUAGCUCUUAAAUUCCUUAAUAAUAUUCUGCAAUCCAGACAGUACAGUCCACAUUGUUUUAUGGGUGAGAGAACAGCAUAUCUGUUGAAGUGUAGGAUAUGGAAAGAAAGAAGAGAGAAGCAGAUUAGUGAGAGAACAUAACUGGUGGUAUGUUACAUGCCAUGCUUUACAAUAAUCUUCCGCAGCCUCGCAGCAUCCAGAUGUUUUGUUUUAGAAAUCACACAAUUCCUAGAGAACAACUGAAAUGUGGGAUUUGCAGUUCAAAGCAAUUGGAAACAACCAGACGGAAAAUGGUAAUUUGUUCUACAACCGAAAUCAAGUUGUGACAUUAAGGAGUAAUGGUGAAUGGUAGUAGUUUAUAUAUCAUGUCCCUGCAGAUUUUUCUUAAAACUAAUAAUUAACUAAUACAUUAGAAAAUGUCUCCACUAAUGGUAAUGUAAAUUGAAUAAAGUUUAGGAUCCAUCUAAUUCACACAAGAUGAGACUCUUUGUACCAUUGUUCCAAUCUUUGAUCCAGAUUAAAGGAAGAGCCCUAAAUCAGAUGAAUCUGUUUUCACUGAGCUGCUAACUGAAGUCAAGCAGAAGCACCAUUCAGCUUUAUAUCCCUGGGAGUAGCAUUUAACUGUUAAAUGUUCAGAAGAAGGAUGGUUUCUUUCCUUGGGAUUUCACAGAUAAUAUACAAUAAAUGGUUUCCACAUUCUGUGGGUUAAACAAAUUAAUAAUGCCAAACGUUACACCCCUUAGUGGCAAAAUUCAUCUGUUUCCUAACACAUACAUUCAUCUUCAUGUAAUGUGUCCCAGUGUGCUUGGUGUUGUAAUUGGUCAUCAGAAAGUAAACAGAGUUAAUUUGCAAAUUAGAAUAUUCUGUUGUUGGAAAACAUACUAAUUGUUGGUGAAAUGCAAUCUCCUUAAUUUUUUGUCUUAUUCUUUGCAUCCUUAACUGAUGGCAUUUAACUGUGUCUACUGUAUGUAUUAUUUUGUUGCAAAAACUGUUAAUAUCAUUAGUGUCUGUGAUUCCAGUGGUGAAAGUGGCAAAUGGGCAGAACAGGGAACUAUCCUAGUAGAAAGAACACUUGGAAAAUGUUCCAAGGCAAAUGGUCAGGGAAUACAUCAAGCAGAUGGUUGGAAAUAAAGUAAUAGCAGGAUUCUGAAAGUGGGGUGGUAAGCUUCCAUCUUCCACAAUGUGGAUGGGGAAACCCUCAGCCCUCCAGCUGUUUGAUCUACCAUAAACUUUCCUAUAGACCAUGGUAGUUAUGGCAGACGAGCACUGAAGUUCAACAUAUCUAGAAUGCCAAAACCACAACCCUGUUCCAAAAGCUAGUAGAAUCCAGAUUUCAGGAUACGUGCAUCCAUUCUGACUUAACUGCCUUUAGCAAUGUUUGGUAUCAUUCUUUACUUAAAUAAUAUUUCAGAGACACCAUCUCAUACAUUUGUUUCUCCCAUGACAAAGACUUUUACAACUUGAAGUAAACUAUAGAGAAUUAAAGGUCAGGACUACAUCAAGGAAGAAUAUUGUAGACAUCUGCCGAGCUUAGUAAAGUUGCUAUUGUGUUACAUUUUCAGUCCUUGAAUCAAUACUGUCCCCAUCAAAGCCAUACAUUUGGGAUUAACCCUGAGUCCAUGCUUCAAAACAUACACAGCUGGAAAGCACACCUUAUUAAUACCAUAAUAGUGAUGCUUUUGUCUGAGUAAGUGCCAAUAUAAUUGAAGUGCCAAUAUAAUUGGCCAAUAUAAUAAACAAUAUAAUUGUUUUUGAUAGAAUAAUAAUUAUUGGAAAGGGUUUUUGGACUACAGAUCCCAGAAUCAUGCUGAUUUUAGAACAUUGUCACUUGGAAGGAAAAAAUAAUUUUUCCAAACUCUGAUGAUAAUUCACCACCUCAAUCAAAACUCAGAUUCCAUUUGGGCACCAUCACUAGUCCUGUGGGCUGUUCCCUGGGUUGGCAUUCAAAAUCCCCAGAUCGGAAAUGGUGGUCAUUGCUUUCGUCAUCAAGGGGCCAGCAGCUAGCUUCCCAGAUCUACCAAAAUGAGAAGAAAGAGGAUACUUUCAAUAUUAUGGAUAAUUUCGGUAAAUGGGAGGGAAGGUGCUGUGUUUGUAGUGUUAAACCAUGCCAAGAGUGGCAAGUAGAUUUGAGAGGUGUACAACUCCAGAACAUGUCUCACUUGAGGGGAACCAAUUACUAAUAACACUAUCAACAUACAACUUGGUUUUCUCCAUCCUAUAUUUAUCUAGUGUCAUUUCUGCCUGCUUUCUUGGGGUGAUCAGGUCUAGUGCUGUGGACAGAGUAUAUUGUUCCUUAUGCAGAUCCCAGAGACCCAUGAAAUGAUGUUUUUGUCUGUUCACUUGCCAAUGUAGCAAACCUCAAGGCCUUCUUCAUAGCUGCUUCUAUUUCAGUGAGGCAAAGUACCUCUAAAUGGGUCUGGUGUCUCUGGGAAGUUCUGGUCUCUUGUCUUUCCCUUGGCUUUUGCCCUAUAGGAAUGUGCCAGAGUUCUGUAUCUUGUUUUCUUUAUUGCUAUGACUGUGCCUUGAAUAAAGUUACUUCACCCAGCGGGCGCCUGGGGUUGAGCUCCA